AUGAACCCAUCCCAUCUCGACGAUCUCGGGACUGGUGAUUGUGGUAGGACGCAUCCUAUCUUGGAAGAGUAUGAGGCCCUCUCUGCGCUGUAUGCGAAAGAGACGGCACCCGAGUCUUGGGCUGAUAUGCAACUCACGUUUGGGGACGAAGGUCGAGAAGGUCAACAAAAGGCAGUGGAAGCGGUUUCUAGGACCAACGGCAUGGAUACGGAACGUAUGGUUCACAUAUGUAACAAGUUCGAUCCAUGGCAAGUGUACGACCCCAAUUCAAGGCUCAAUUUCGUCGUGGAGCGAAUCAAGGGCUAUCCUGCCGUGUUUGCGCAGGAGAGUUGCACGCCUUGGAUGCACAAAGAACUGUACCGGGAGGAGAUGGAGCCAUCAAUCCAGUCGUGCUUUACCAUCAGUGCGCUCUACAGCACCGUAAGCGAUAGCAACAGGUCCUCGGUCUACAAGGUGCUAAAGCAAGGCCCAGCCGCUCUGAAGCAGGCCCCCGACACCCACAUCCCCGGGAGCGGCUAG